AUGUCUAUGUUCGGCCAUAUUGAGAAUGGACUGGCUGGUUUAGGUCGCCCGGCACGAUGGGGUGGCUUGAGCGACUUUAUGAGCGGAUUUGACCGUCGCUUUCCUGCGCCCCUUGAUGCUUACGAGGAUUACUUUAAAGCUUAUCAUAUGUCGCGCUUUCCUGGACGUGAGCGGAAAGAUGUUAGCUAUGGUGGAAAGGUGAUCAUGCCGCCGUCUGCUCUGUCUACCAUCACAGACCUUGAGCUAGAGUCGCCAUGGACUUUUGCAUUUCGAGGUACUGGCCGCUCGCGGUCACAACGAACUCAUGCUGGUGUCGUCGAGUUUAUUGCCGAAGAAGGCAAGGUUUAUCUUCCAUCCUGGGGCACGCGCCUUCCUAAAGGGAAGUUUGUCAAGCUUCAGCCACAAACGGUCGAUUUUCUCGAAAUUAGCGAUCCGAAAGCUGUGCUUGAGCAGGCCUUGCGGAACUACCCCACGCUCACUAAAGGUGAUAUCAUUGAAAUCAGCUACAAUUGCUUGACGUUUGAGAUCUUGAUUAUGGAAGUGCAGCCGGAUGCAGAAGGCAUCACGAUCAUCGAGACUGACUUGGAAGUUGACUUUGCACCGCCAAAAGGAUAUGUGGAACCUACGCCGCAGCCACGCGCACCUCCGCCAACGAUGGCCUCCAAACUACGUAUCGAUCAAGACAAGCACGAUAUCAUCUUACCUGCGCAUGGGUCUGUCGGGCGUAGUUUGGCAAAUGCUUCCUCAAAGACUGUUGGUGUCGCUACUAAAGAAACUAGCAGUGUGGCUGCACCCUUCAAAGGCAUGGGACAGACGCUUAGCGGUAAAAAAACGAAAGGAAAAAAAGAUAAGCCGAUCACUCCGCUUGAACCAGGCAGUCGUAUUCAAGACACAAGUCGACCGGCUGUGGUCACGAAUGACACACUUUUGGAAGAAAAACGGGUGCCUGCUGCGUUAAACUUGCCAUAUGGCCAUCUCUUCUUCGGCUAUGCUGUCGAUCGUCUUCGUGUGCCAGUUAGUCGGAACCAUCAGGAAGAGGAGCCAAAUGAGUCGCCCGCCGGCACGACGGCCUUCCAAGGUCAAGGACAUACUCUCUGGUCUCGCCCCAGCGCCGACACCUCCACCCAGCCAGACGUGAUAGAAAUCGACUCAGACUAG